UGGAGUAUCCAUCUCAUCCACGGUCACUUCAAAAUUCCUGACGGCACAGUCUUGCUCGGUUCCAAUUUUGAGGAGCCUAGGGGCCGUUGGGCCAAAGUGACUCUGAUCGAGGAGAUCGACCACUCGACGGUCCACGGCCACAUCUUUGCCUACGGCAAAGAUGGUUUAUGUGCCUAUGAAUACCAGGAGGCCCCAAUGCCUGACCUAUCGAGUGUCGGAAAGGGCUUUUUGGACGACCUCGUCGAUUAUCUUACAAAGCACAGCAUCACCGGUCUUAUUGGCCUCCAGGUUCUCGGCGAGUGCAAUGGCCACUCUAUAUCAGAGCUCAUUCUGGACCAGGGGACAGUCAUGUUGGACUUGUCGGUUGUGAAAGGGUGUAUUCCCACUAGAAUCACUGGGUGGAAGUUCGAAAAGGUAGAUGGAAACCCGCGCAUUUAUCAAUCCAACGAAAGGCACGCAGAGAUAACAUCGGGCAAUCACAAGAUCUUCAAUACUGGUAAGCCGCUUCCUAAGCUGGACAACGUUAAUAACCUCAAGUCUGCUCUUAUUAAGGCUGGUAUACUCUAA